UCGCCGCUCCAGUAUAACCCCCUCAAGCCUCAAGCGCUCACACAGACGAAAGUGUAAAAGUAGCAGCUCCAACUGCUGCCUGGACUAAAACCCAUUCAGCAUCCACGUCCCACACAGUCUGACACAGAGGAGUGAGACGGCUCACCGAGCACGAAGCGGAAAAGUGAGAGGAGAGGUGGAACAUUUACGCACAGCCAUUUCAGUCUGGAUUGUUUUGGCGCGCCUUUAAAGCCCACCUUGGAUAGUUUUGGACAACGUUUUUCGGCACUGUUUGGAUUCUGUAUUCAUUUCAGCACUUAAAUGGCAGCUCCAAAUCUGAUUUCAUCGCACCUGUUCCUGUUGAUGUUAAACUGUUUCCUGGGUGCUGCAUCACUUAGGACCAUGAAAGGGAGCUCUGGGAGCGCACAGGACAGUAGCUUCCUCCCGUCCUCGCCGGACCCCUUCUCAGAUGACCUGGAUCAGGACAUGGUCUCCCAGCACAUGUCCAAACUGUACGAGAAAUACAACAGAGAAAACCGUCUCAAAGAGGGAAACACUGUCAGGAGUUUCAGAGCCAGUCAAGACCCCUCUGGCCACAGCACGGUGUAUCGACUAAACCUUACAACCCUCCAGGACUCCGAGGUCAUCCUCUCUGCAACAUUCCACUUCCUGGUUGACCGGCACCCUCAUCAAAAACCCUGGUUCUGUAAACGCUUCAAAAGCCCAUCCUGUCGUUCUUCAGCCGUCCACCCUUCUCCGUCCAUCAGCCUGCUCCUUCGCUCUGGGUCAGAGGUCAGAUCAGGGUCAAUGGGGUCAGUUCUAGGCAAUGUGACCUUCCACCCCCACAGGAGAGGGGUGUGGCAGAUGAAAGAUGUGACCCAGGUCAUAAUGGAGGCACGGGACAAGGGUCAUCUCCUGGUGUCAGUAGAGUUGGAGCAGAAGUACCAGAGGAAACCAGAGGAGGUGCUGUCCGCUGGCAGCCUGCCCUACCUGUUACUGUAUGCUAAUGACCAAGCCUUAGCAGAGCCCAACAGUGUGUCUGCAAGCCUUCAGAGAUAUGACCCGUUCAGCGAGGGAGGAGAGCCCUCACAUUCCUCUCAGCCCUCUCAGCUCCUGCACAGACCCAACUCCUCACCAGAGUUGAAAGGACGCGUGAGAAGGGAAGCAACUCUGCUCCCUGACCCCAUUCAGAACAAUGAGCUGCCAGAGGUUGACUACAGGCCUGAUGGAUACAGGAAGGAUGACCUUUGGGAGAGCACUUGGUACCUGGCACUCAAACCCAAGCUUAAACCCGGAAAGAAGGAAAAGAAAAGAAAGAGUCAGGAGGAGGAAGGAGUGGAGCAUGGUAGAGGAGCACGUGACAGAGAAGAACCUCAGCUUCUUCAAGAUGAAGAAGGAACAUCACAGGCGCUCAAACCUGACGACUCAACUGUGAAAAAACUCAAAGACAUCAGCGAUGGACGAAAGCAUGAGCGGAGAAACGAGGGAAAGGAUGGGAAAAAACACAAGGGGAGCACAAUCUCUCAGUCACCUGUUCUAAAUUUUGAUGAACAAACCAUGCGUAAGGCCCGGAGGAGGCAGUGGGGCGACAACCAGCACAGAGGCUGCUCCAGGAGGAACCUCAGAGUGGAUUUUGCAGACAUUGGUUGGAGCGAGUGGGUCAUAGCACCCAAGGCUUUUGAUGCCUACUAUUGCGCUGGCACAUGUGGAUUUCCCAUGCCCAAGGUUGUAAGACCGUCUAACCACGCCACCAUCCAAAGCAUAGUCCGAGCCGUCGGGAUCAUCCCUGGAGUCCCUGAGCCCUGCUGUGUCCCAGAAAAGAUGACCCCCCUAGCUGUGCUCUACCAGGAUGAAUCCAGGAACCCAGUGCUCAAAGUUUACCCCAACAUGUCCGUCCAGUCCUGCUCCUGCAGAUAGGAAGGGUCAAUGGGGGCAGAGGACAAAACUGGGUGGAUGUGGAGAGAACCAGAAAACAGCACUAAUGGAGACAGAACCAUACCUCUGUUUGUCAAGUGGUUUCUCGAUACUGAGAAACAACGUCACUUUGGCCGCUGUUAUUCCUUGAGGAACAUAGGCUGUAGAGAAAUCACUUCCAUCUCUUCUGUCCUGCGGCAGCAGACUUGAAGAGACACAUUGUCUGGCGUCUGCCUUAGCAAGAGGAACAGAGUCACACAUGUAAAGUCAGGGCUCCACAUGUCCAAGAAGCCCAGUUGUUUUGAUUCUGCGUCUGAGAUAAUACUGAGGGUUUCAUGAACAGGAGCGUUUAAGGGAUGUUUUCUUUUCAUCUCAGAACUUUCUCAUUUUUCAAACAGCUCACAGUGAGUUUGUGUUCAUGUUUUCUUUGGACGCAAAGGUUAUAAAUAAAAGACUUUAUCAGUGUGUCAUCGGGCAGCUUACACAGUCACAUACAGAUGACUGAUGAGAUCACGAAACAUAUUUCUACAUCUUUACAUACUGUGUACAGCUGUUCUUACUUUUAAGCUAAUCAGACGCCACAUUGUACAUACAUGCAACGUAAUUUGUUUGCAAGACAGGGAGAUUAUUGUACAUUCUUGCUCUGUAUAUCUUAAAAAGGAAAUAUCCAAUGAAUUGUAGAGAACAUCUGGAAUUCAUUUACACCCACCACCCCCCCUCAUAACACUUCAAGAAUGUUAUAUUGAAACCAGAAAUAUUUUUCUAUUUUGAAUGUGAAACUUGGUUAAAAUUAAUUUGUCAUGGUUACUAGGUUAUGUAUUACUAUAUUUUAGAUGAUACUGUGUUUUGUACAUGUGUAUUGCUUAAAUUAUGAAAAGGUAGCCUUCUAUAAAUUAGAAUAAAAAGGUAAUUUAAUCCAAUGCUCUUUCUGGAAUAUUAUUGUUUCAUACACGUUGUGUUAUUCUUGGUCAUUACUGCAUAUAAUGUUUGAUUCUUGGGGGGGGGGACUUUUUUUUGUCAAAACAAACCUAAAAGGGCACAACUGUUCCAAAAUAACUUAGCACAAAAGCAGGAAGGUUCCACUCAAGAUAGCCAACAUUCCCUUAAAGCCCCUUGAACCCAUUAUUACCCCACACCAAAGGCUCAGACGUCUGUUGUCUAGCAAAAUACUGUGACUGAUGCAGUUGCCGUAGGUUAAUGGUUGAUAGAGGAAGCAGGCAUGCACCUAUUAGGACGUCAGCCACUUGAACUUCAAAACAUGAUGCACUUCCCCUUUUGUCUCCCCCGCCCCCGUUCAAAAGCAGAACAUUUCCAAGUGCAGGAUGUUCUCCUCAAUAGACUUUUUUUCUUAAACGGAUGGUUACAGACAAAAGAUCUGAACUACUUUAACUCAAACUCUUGUCACUUCUUUCGCAAGAGGAAGAAGGUGACCCACAUGGUGCCUAAGAAGUGUGUCAGUGUGACAGUGAAAUGACAGAGGGAACCUUUUGAUUAUCAGCCUAUUACUCUGUGGUUGUUUUUGCCUUGAGCCUGAAAAAGCAGUCACAGAGUACCACAUCUGUUUGUGACAGCAGAAUGCUCUGAAGUUCGCCAAGCCUGGACAGUAAUUUUGUCUCAAAGACAGAGACAUUUAGUAACCGCUUGGGGGAAAGGAAGAAGAGACUGAGCCCUUAUACUGUUUCAUUGCAGUUGAGAAUAAUGCUGUAAGUCUUUUAGCAUGCAAGUGGGCUUAGAGAACUAAAAACAAAACAAGGAACACUCACCCCUCCUGUCUGCAUUACUUUGUCCAUUAGAUAUAUUAAAACUAUGAAGAAAUAUUUAUCCUCUUUGGAUGUUGUCAUGUUUUACUGUCUUACCAAAAUAAAAUUGGAUUUAAUGUCUCUAAGAAUACAACAUCAACUCUGCACAAUUUUGACCUUCAAGGUGUAUACUGCAGUCAAAUCAAAGCCCUUAACGACACACAAGAUCUCUAUUUACUGGC